AUGACUUACGCUAAUAACAGUACUAAUUUACAUCAUACAAAUGAAAAGAGUUUAAUUGUUUAUAUAUGUAUUCAUUUCAUUAUGCCAUGGGCAGUUGCCAUCGGUGUUAUUGGUAAUCUAUUAUCUAUAUUGGUAUUUGCACGUCGUGAAAUGAUCAAAUUUUGUGUAUCGAUAUUUACAAUUGUUCUUGCAGUUAGUGAUAUUCUUUUGUUAACAACUUCAUUAUUCAAUAUAAUCUUACCCGAUUACCUCAGUAUAUCAUUGUCAGAUCAGUCAACCUUUUGGUGUCACUUUCACGGCUAUUUCGAUCUGUUAUUUGCGGCAUUAAGUGGUUAUUCUGUAGUAUUUAUAUCAGUUGAAAGAUGGUUUUCAAUAUGGAAACCAUUUAAAAAAGCACAAUAUGUUACUUUUAAAGCAACAAAAAUAACUGUUAUUAGUUAUAUAUUGAUAUCAGUAAUAUUGUUUUCAUGGUUUCCAUUGACACUACAUUAUAAUCCGAAUGCAUCGAAUUCUGUCGAGACGUGUCGAUUAUCUCGACCUAUUGCCUAUAAAGUUUUUGGAACAAUCUCAGUUAUAUUUACUUAUAUUGUACCAUUUUUUUUUCUUGGCGUACUGAAUACUUUAAUUGCUUAUCGUUUACAUGUUCGUCAAAAUACGUCAAUAAAACGUUCACUAAUGGAAACAACGAAUAUAGUUGGUAUUGACUCAACGUCAUCAGCUCGUAAAAGACUACAACGACAGCGGAAUACUGAUCGAAAUAUAACAUUUAUGUUGAUUACUGUAGCUAUUGCUUUUAUGGUUAUGUCAUUUCCAUUUCAAAUCUAUUGGUUUUAUAUGCAAAUUCGUCAAUUGACUGUACCCAAUUCGACUCUAUUCACACUAACACAAACGUUUCGUUAUUUAAACUGUUGUUGUAAUUUUUUUCUCUAUUCAGCUACAUCAUCAUUAUUUCGUCGAGAACUAAGUGAAAUAUUUAAUUGUACAAAUUCAUUAAAUACAAAUCUUAAAAUUACAAAUACCGAUGAUGAUUAUAAGAGAAGAUCAUUAUUAGCUGUUCCACUUGGUUCUAUUGAUCGCACUAAUAUUUCACCUGAACACAAUAGUCCAAUAUCACCUAUGCUAUCACAAACACCAUCAAAAAAGCACGAAACUUUUACUUUUCCUGGUUCAGAAAAUGGACACAUGUCUCAGUGUAAAAUAUAG